AUGUGCUACAUCGUAUACACGUUAUACGUGUGCAAUCACUGGAUCCCGCAGCCGCAACCCGACAAUGGUCCGAUUCUGCGAAUAUGCGACGAAGCCGAGAAGCUACGGCUAGGACACCCGUGCCCAGAAACUCAGAGAGAGCAUAAAGUGGUCAAUCGCAGUCAAGGAAUGUGCACGGGAUGUCUCUGGAAGAAAGUCAGCAAAUAG